CUUGAAAUCCCCCCGAGGACAAAGGAUGCCUGAGACAUAGCUCCUUGCAAGACAGCGACCAUGUCUCCUCCUCGCUCCCCUUGCCUCUCGCUCCUCCUCUGCGUCCUGUUCGUGGUGGCGGCCGGAAUCGCCCCCGGCAGAGAGGAGCAGGAGCCACGUGCCUCGAACUCCCCCCCGCCCGCAGAAGCCAGGGGGAGGAAGGGGGGGAGCGACAGCAAGGACCCCUCUCCCCAGGACGACGCCGGAAGAACAGGAGCCGAAGAGUCUGUGUUUCUUUCGUGCAACACGACGAGGACGCCGGUCUUCUCGUGCGGGGAGGGAGCGUGCAUUCCCUACGACCUCCGCUGCAACGGGGUGUCCGACUGCGCCAACGACGCUGACGAGGCAGUUCGUGAGUGUGACGACAUAGAAGACUGA